AGCAACCACUCUUUUUCUCUCUCCACUAUUUUCCCCUUCGUCCAACCCAAGAACAUCCCAUCAACAACCCUUCAACCAAGCAAGCUCAAAGUCCCAACCCAAGCCUCAUCCCUCACACACCUUUCUCUCUCCACCACCACUCCUCCUCCUUCCAAAACCUCCUUCAAAUCCACCAAUCCCCUCCACGCCCCUCUCUCCAUUGCUCCCCACCGCCCCCGCGACCCUCCCAAUGCCACCCCCCUCCGCCGCGCCGCCCUCAUCUGGUUCUGCAACGACCUCCGCCUCCUUGACAAUGAGUGCCUCACCGCCACCAACAACGACUCCCUCUCCGUCCUCCCCAUCUACUUCUUCGACCCAUCUGACUACGGCAAGUCGGCAUCCGACUUUGACAAGACUGGGCCCUAUCGUGCCGCCUUCCUUAUCGACUCUGUCUCCGACCUCCGCCGCAGCCUCCAAGCGCGCAACUCCGAUCUCAUCGUGCGCGUCAAGAAGCCCGAGACGGUGCUGGUGGAGCUCGCCAAGGUGUCGUAUCCUAAGUGUUGCAAGAAAGAGAAGAGGGAUAAACUAUUGGAAAUGAUGGAGAUAGCAGAAGUUCCAGAUGAUGCCAUCCACCUCAACCUAUGUUCUUUUUCCUUGGUUGGUGAAGAAAAAAGAUGGCUACACUCGUUCAAAGGAAAUAGCUUGUGGACAUGGGAAGAGGUGGUGGAGAAGUUCUUGAAGAAAUAUUUUCCGGAGUCCAAGACCGCUAAGGGGAAGGUGGAAAUCUCUUCAUUCCACCAAUUCCCUGAUGAAUUGUUGAGUGAAGCUCUUAACCGCUUCCACGGUUUACUCCGGAAGACUCCUACCCAUGGGUUCAAUGAGCCAGUUCAGCUAAACAUAUCCAUUGAUGGCUUGUGA